AUGUCCGAUCCCGAGAAAAAGUGCUCUGGGGCCGAUUGCGAUAAUGAAGCUGGGACGUUGCAAUGCCCAACCUGUCUGAAGCAGGGAGUCAAAAACUACUUCUGCGCUCAAGAUUGCUUCAAGCGAAACUGGGCCACACACAAGGCAGCCCACAAAUCACAAACUGCUAGCGGUGUUUACGAUCCAUUCCCAGCAUACCCAUACACUGGCUCGGUUCGACCCGUAUACCCACUCUCCCCGCGCCGGGCCGUGCCCCAAACAAUCAAGCACCCCGACUGGGCCGUGACUGGUAUCCCGAAGCGUGAGAUGCGCCUGAGCAGGUCGAAAUGGGACUUGUUGGAUCUACAAGGCCAGGAGGCCAUGCGUAAGGUAUGCAGAUUAGCUCGAGAAGUCCUCGAUAUCACUGCUGCGGCGAUGAAGCCGGGCGUAACUACAGAUUACUUGGAUGAGAUCUGUCACAACGCUUGCAUAGAGCGAGAGUCCUAUCCUUCUCCGCUGAAUUACAACCACUUCCCCAAGUCGUUGUGUACAUCUCCUAACGAGGUUGUAUGUCACGGUAUCCCCGAUGGCCGAGUCCUUCUCGAUGGUGACAUUCUGAACCUCGAUAUCUCUCUGUAUCACGGCGGAUACCAUGCCGACUUAAACGAGACCUACUACAUUGGCGAUAAAGCUAAGGCGGAUCCAGACUCAGUUCGACUCGUUGAAACAACGCGGGAGGCCUUGGAUAUGGCUAUCGCGAUCAUCAAACCAGGUACACCGAUCCGAGAAUUUGGUAAAAUUAUUGAGAAGCAUGCUACCUCCAGGGGCCUCGUCGUUAUUAAGACUUGGGGCGGCCACGGUAUCAACUCGGAAUUCCACCCUCCUCCUUGGAUCCCCCACUACGCAAAGAACAAGGCCGUGGGAACAUGCAAGCCUGGCAUGACCUUCACAAUUGAGCCUAUCCUCUCUUUGGGUACCAACCGGGAAAAGUAUUGGCCAGAUGAUUGGACAAAUGUCACCGUAGACGGUGCACGGUCAGCGCAAUUUGAACAUACUAUGCUUGUCACCGAAACGGGCGUCGAGGUUUUGACGGCGAGACUGCCGAACUCUCCAGGAGGUCCCAUUCCCAUCCCCGAGGGUUCCACCGGAGGCGCAGAAGCAAAGAAAUAA